AUUAAACUCACUUUCAUUUUCACUUUUUGUGCUGACUAACUGCGAGUUCUCGUCGUUUCGUCGGUAACAUCUGUAUCUAGUCGUCUCUUCUCAACCUAAAUCUCACAUUUCUCCAGUGAGCAAUGACUUCCUUAGACAUGAGCCCCGCGUCCAAGAAACAGGUGGAUGGAUUCUCUCAGAAAAUCACCAAGGAGGCUGAACAGUUGAUCUCGAAGUUUUUCCCAGAGAAAAUUGCAGAGAUGGACAAUGUGUUGCAGGGUUCCUGUAGUCUGAAGGAUCUGUCUGUGAUCAAGGCUCCUCUAGAUAUCCCAAUUCCAGACCCAGUUAAGGAGGAGCUCAAGAGGAAGAAAAAAGAGGAGAAAGAGGCCAAAGAGGGAAAGAAAGAUAAAGAAGAUGAGGAUGCAGGUGCUCCAUGUGGUCCCAUCGCCUGCAACGAGACAGUAGAGAAACUCAUCAAACAGAUCAAGCCUGAGAUUCAGACCCUGAAAGAGUGUCUUAACACGGUGUCAAUGUGGAUACAGCUACAGGUCCCCAGAAUUGAAGAUGGGAACAACUUCGGUGUUGCUGUACAGGAAAAGGUGUUUGAACUGAUGACCAACACCCGCACCAAGAUCGAAGGAUUCCAGACACAGAUAUCCAAAUACUACAGUGAGAGAGGAGAUGCUGUAGCCAAGGCUUCCAAACAGCCACAUGUGGGAGAUUUCCGACAGCUUGUUCAUGAACUGGAUCAGCACCAGUACUGUGAGUUACGCAUCAUAGUUCUGGAGAUUCGCAACACUUACGCCAUGCUGUAUGAUGUCAUCACCAAGAACUUUGACAAGAUUAAGAAGCCCAGGGGAGACUUAUCUUCAAAAGCGCUUAUCUACUGAGAAAGCAGGCUGAUGUGCACUGAAAUCACACACGCAAACACACACACAUUUAAAACAUGCCGUAUUGAGUUUCAUAACCACAGUCACAGUGCAGCGGCUUGAGAUACAAUUACAUCAACAGAAUGUGCUGUAAUACAGUUUUUAAUUCAAUAAAUAGGCUAAAUAGUG